AUGUCCCAAGACGCUGUCGAACACUACUACUCGGCUCACAAGCUUGUAGAGAAGGUUGAGGGUUGGGCGGAAGAGGUUAGUAUCGCCACAGAAGAUAUGGAGUUGCCUGCGCCCAUCAACCCUUCGGCCAAGGUGCCUCGCAUAAUCAGGUCCUUGCUCGAGCAACACGAAGAAGCCCGGCUUAUUAUUGUUCAAAUUGAGGAGCAGCUCUUGAAACUCAACUAUGAGCUGCCACAGAAAGGAUUCACUGAUCCCCCUUGUUCUAAGCACGGUGGCUCGAGCCAUCGAGGAGUGUCACACCGUGAGUACCUCACCGAAAACUCUCGGGCCCAGGAUCUCCCAUCGGAGGAGAUCUGGCCGUACAUCCCGUUGGACAGUGAUUCUGGGGACUCGUCUAAAGAGAAGAAGAAGAAAAGCAAGAGACCCAAGACUGAGGAGGAAAAGAAUCGGCAUAUCAACAAGGUCUUCAUACGUGAGAACGGAAUUCUUCCGUUAUUAGAUCCUAGCGCACAGCUUUGA